GCCCGCCCUGCUCCUCACGGUGCAGCAUGGCGGCGGCGGCGGGCGCCUCGCAGCCCCAGGCCGGGGCCACCGCCGCUGCCCCUCUGGUGGCCACUGAGGAGUCGUCGGACAGCGAGCCGGAGCAAGAGCCCGGCUCCCCGCAAAAACUCAUCCGCAAGGUCUCCACGUCCGGCCAGAUCCGCCAGAAGACUAUUAUAAAAGAGGGCAUGCUGAUGAAACAGACCAGCUCAUUUCAGCGCUGGAAGAGACGAUACUUCAAAUUGCGAGGACGAACUCUAUACUAUGCCAAAACAGCAAAGUCAAUCAUUUUUGAUGAGGUGGAUCUGACGGAUGCCAGCGUGGCAGAAUCCAGCACUAAAAAUGUCAACAACAGCUUCACGGUCAUUACUCCAUGUCGGAAACUCAUCUUGUGUGCAGAUAAUAGAAAAGAAAUGGAAGACUGGAUUGCAGCACUGAAGACUGUACAGAAUCGUGAACAUUUUGAGUCUACACAGUACAGUAUGGACCAUUUCUCAGGGAUGCAUAACUGGUACGCCUGUUCGCAUGCUCGGCCAACAUACUGCAAUGUGUGUCGGGAGGCACUAUCUGGAGUCACAUCCCACGGACUCUCCUGUGAAGUCUGCAAAUUUAAAGCCCACAAGAGGUGUGCUGUCCGGGCAACUAAUAACUGCAAAUGGACAACACUAGCAUCUAUUGGGAAGGAUAUCAUUGAGGAUGAAGAUGGGAUUUCAAUGCCACACCAGUGGCUUGAAGGAAACCUGCCUGUGAGUGCCAAAUGCACAGUGUGUGAUAAAACAUGUGGCAGUGUACUGCGCUUGCAAGACUGGCGCUGUCUCUGGUGCAAAGCAAUGGUACAUACCUCAUGCAGAGACUUGUUACCAACCAAAUGCCCGCUUGGCCUUUGCAAAGUUUCUGUCAUCCCUCCUACAGCUCUCAACAGCAUUGAUUCAGAUGGGUUCUGGAAAGCCACUUGUCCACCUUCUUGCACAAGCCCUUUGCUGGUCUUUGUUAACUCAAAAAGUGGAGACAACCAGGGAGUAAAGUUCCUACGAAGAUUCAAACAACUGCUGAAUCCUGCACAGGUCUUUGAUCUUAUGAAUGGAGGACCUCACCUCGGUUUACGUUUAUUCCAGAAAUUCGACACCUUCCGAAUUCUGGUGUGUGGUGGGGAUGGAAGUGUUGGAUGGGUUCUCUCUGAAAUUGACAGCCUUAGUCUCCAUAAACAGUGCCAGUUGGGAGUGUUGCCCUUGGGCACAGGCAAUGAUCUUGCCCGUGUGCUAGGCUGGGGAUCUGCUUGUGAUGAUGACACUCAACUUCCGCAAAUACUGGAAAAGCUGGAAAGGGCCAGUACCAAAAUGCUUGACAGGUGGAGCAUUAUGGUGUAUGAAACAAAACUUCCUCGGCAAGCAUCUGCGUCUACAGUUACUGAAGAUUUCAGUGAAGAUUCCGAGGUAGUGCAGCAGAUUCUCUUCUAUGAAGAUUCUGUGGCUGCUCAUUUAUCCAAAAUCUUGACAUCCGACCAACACUCAGUGGUCAUUUCAUCAGCCAAGGUGCUCUGUGAGACUGUGAAGGAUUUUGUGGCUCGAGUAGGGAAAGCCUAUGAGAAAGCACCAGAAAGCUCUGAGGAGUCAGAAGUCAUGGCCAGAAAGUGCUCUGUUUUGAAAGAGAAGCUUGACUCCCUUCUGAAAACACUGAAUGAAGAAUCUCAAGCUUUGUCAUCUUUGCCAAACCCACCUCCUACCAUAGCAGAAGAGACAGAAGAUGGCGAUGGUUCAGGCAGUGCUUGUGAUUCUUCUAGUGAGCGUUCAGUAGGCUCCUCUUGCACUGCCCGUCCUCAGAUAUUUCGUCCACGUGAGCAAUUAAUGUUGAGAGCCAACAGUCUGAAAAAAGCUAUUCGUCAGAUUAUAGAGCAUGCAGAAAAAGCUGUAGAUGAACAGAAUGCUCAAACCCAAGAACAGGAGAGCUUCCUCUUGGGUCUCUCUACCACUGAAGAGGGAAAGGACUUAAGGAGUGAAAAUAAAAUCUCCUUACAGUCUUCACACACUGGCAACUAUGGAUUUCCAAAAGGGAGGAGCCAUCGGAAAGUUAUCAAGUCUCCUUGUGAAAGAUUAAUAAGUAAAGGAACUUUAUCAGUGGGAAGCUCUGCCUCACUUCCUCCCCAGGCAGGAAAUCGGGAUAAUCUGCCAAUGCUGAAUGCAAAGAUCAUCUACCCCAAUAUCCGUGCUGGGGCAUCUGGUUCUCUACCUGGAGGCUCUGUCAUCAGCCGGUUGUUGAUCAAUGCAGACCCGUUUAACUCUGAGCCAGAAAAUCUUGAUUGUUACGUAGAGAAAUGUGUGAUGAAUAACUAUUUUGGAAUCGGACUGGAUGCAAAGAUCUCUUUGGACUUCAACAACAAGCGUGACGAGCAUCCAGAAAAGUGCAGAAGUCGUACGAAGAACAUGAUGUGGUACGGAGUUCUUGGAACAAAGGAGCUGCUACACAGAACUUACAAAAACUUAGAACAAAAAGUUUUGCUAGAGUGUGAUGGACGUCCAAUUCCUUUGCCCAGUCUUCAGGGAAUUGCCGUACUCAACAUUCCCAGCUAUGCAGGAGGCACCAACUUCUGGGGGGGCACUAAGGAAGAUGAUACAUUUACAGCUCCUUCUUUCGAUGACAAGAUCCUGGAAGUGGUAGCAGUGUUUGGUAGUAUGCAAAUGGCUGUCUCACGUGUGAUUAACCUACAGCAUCACCGAAUUGCCCAGUGCCGGACAGUGAAGAUAGCAAUCUUGGGAGACGAAGGAGUUCCUGUGCAAGUUGAUGGAGAGGCCUGGAUCCAACCUCCAGGAUAUAUUUGGAUUGUUCAUAAAAACAGGGCACAGACACUAACCAGAGAUAGGGCGUUUGAGAGCACCCUAAAGUCUUGGGAAGACAAACAAAAAUGUGAGCUGCCCCGCCCUGCUUCUUUCUCCCUGCAUCCAGAGAUUAUAUCUGAAGAAGAGUCCACCCAGAUCAAUCAGUUUUGCCAAGCAGCAGGCACUCUGAUUCACAGCAUUCGGGAAAUAGCCCAAUCGUACCAGGACAUGGAACAAGAACUUGCUCAUGCAGUCAAUGCUAGCUCCAAGUCUAUGGACAAAGUAUAUGCCAAGUCCAAGUCUACAGAGGGCCUGAACUGCAACCUUGUUGUAGAGAUGGUGAAUAAUAUUAAAGCCCUGCAUAAUGAAACGGAACUGCUCCUGGCUGGCAAAAUGGCCCUGCAGUUGGAUCCCCCACAGAAGGAGCAGCUCCUAGCAGCGCUGGCAGAAAUGGACUUUCAUAUGAGGAAGCUAGCAGACAUUCCUUGGCUGUGGCAGCUAAUGGAACCCAGUGAUGAAGAGAACCAAAUGCUGGAUUAUUCUAAACGCAGCCGGAGUGGCAAAUUUCGUCUGGUGACAAAGUUUAAAAAGGAGAAGAACAACAAGAAUAAAGAAACCCGUAGCAGCUUGGGAUUGCCGGUUCACCUCUGGGGAACGGAGGAGGUUGCGGCCUGGCUUGAGCACCUCAGUCUUUGUGAGUAUAAGGAUAUCUUCAUCCGGCAUGACGUCCGGGGCUCUGAGCUCCUGCAUCUUGAACGGAGAGACCUCAAGGACCUAGGAGUGACCAAAGUGGGCCAUAUGAAGAGGAUAUUACAUGGGAUCAAGGAACUGAGCAGGAAUAUUCCUGCCAGCGAGGCUUAACUUCUGUUUUCAGAGCCUGUAUCUACCAUUCCCCCUGAUGUCUGAACAACUGACACCUCACAGAGCAGACUUGAUCAGAAUCGUCUCAAGGGAUCAGCCAAACGCUAACCGUGUUCAGAGCUCAUAUCCAACUUCUCUUGGUGCUACCAUUCUGAUGUGGGGUACACCACAAUCCACUCAAGUGGUACCUUGUAUUCAAAGCCAGUGUUACUUUGUCCUUAACGACCACCUCCUCACCACCUUUACUCAGGCCUGGGUACACUCACUGCAUGCUAGACUUCAUUCAGCCAACCCCAGUAUACUAGCCCGUGGACCAAAAACUUUUUUGUGGACCAUCACAGAAGCAAAUGUUACCCUAUGAUCUAAGGAUUGCGCCAAAUAUUAAGAGCUAUGAAAGCACUUGUGCAUGCAAGAUGAUAAAAAUCAGCUGUUGAGAAGAUUGUAAGAUAACUGUUUGGGACAACCUCAAAUUAGGAAGAUUCUUUUUCAGUCUGUGCUCGUUCAGUGGUGCCAGAUACAGUGGUGUGAUAUAUCAGUGCAGAGUCUUUUUUUUCCCUUUCCAAGGAUAUAAGUUAUCCUUAAACAAAAAAUUUCUCAGUUUCCUGUGUUCCUGCUCUGUAAUGCUUGUGGAUGCCAAAGGAGUGGGAUUGCAUGUUGUUCUGGCUUAAAACAUCAAGUGCCUAGAAAUACUGAACAAUCUCAGAAAUACAUCCAACAUGGGAGAAUAUACUAAUUCCUUAUGACAUUGCUUUGCCUCUGAUUCUACUAAGUUUUUAAAAGUUAUAAUAGGAUUCUCACUUCUGGAAACAAUGAAGGAAGUUUCUGUGCAUAGAUUUAGGCAGGGUAAAAAAAGGUGUGUUUUUUUCCCCAUCACUGUUUCCUGGACUUUGCAAAGCCAGUGUAUCGUUGCUUAAGAUAUACAGUACAUAACAUUUUCUCUGUUUUAGGAGAACCACUGCCAAAUUCUGAUGUAGAUCCACUGAAUUCUACAGAUUUUCCCCUUAUGUGGUUAUUUUAUCAUUCUAUCAAGUCUUGCUUCUUUUUGGCCAUUUCUUUUACAGUACAGGAGAACAUUGACUAUAGCUUUCUAUAAAGAAGACAAACUUGUAAUACGAUUUACACAGGAAAUCUUGAACCUGGGUCCUACAUCUCUGGCUCUGUUCCAUUACCACAGUUUUGCAGAUAUAGUUUGCCUUAAUGGUGUAGAUUACUCUCCCUGUACUGAAUCUGGAGGAUUGUAAAUUGCAAGGCACACAGGUAUUCACUCACCAGAAAACUCAGUGUCCCAGUGCUUUCAUUUUCUAUUAUGCUAAUGUAGGUUUGCAAUUGCCACCAUCAAACAGAAGAUAGUAAAAAUUAUUCCUGCACUUUAUUAUUGGUGAUAACCACAUGGAAGCCUCUUUCAUUUCCUGGUGAACUUCUCAGGGAGCAAAACCAUCAUAUGAUAACUUGGGAGAAAGAUGCAGCAAAACAAAUAGAUAUUUUCUAUUCUUUUGUUGUGGAUGAACUACAGUGCUUGUUUCUGUGCUUCUCCUAGAAAUCUCACGUAGAAGCAAAGAUGCUCUCAUUAUUAGCUCCUAAGUAGAUAAAUGGCUUAAGAGGACCAGCUUGGCUAUACUCCCUUGACUCGGAUGCAGUCUGUAUUGCAGCCAAGUGUCAUCACCCUUUGAUAAGAGCUAUAUUUGCAAGGAGUUCUGGAUUGCAUCAUUGCGGUGCUCUCAAGGAAUUAACUUUCUGUACUUGUAUUGCCCCUUCAGCACAUGCAUUUCUUUGUAAGGAUCACUUGACAUUUUGGGUCUAAGGGUCAGAAACUUCCAAGACACAUUCUAACUCUAUUAAUUGCAACUGGAAACAUGGUGGUCUCUUUGUGCAAAACACGAGUCCUGGAUCCCAGACAUUUUAUAAAAAUGUCAGUGCAUCAGGCUGGCAAAAUGAGUAACUACCAAAAGUUGUGCCUCUGGUAUCUAGAGAGAUUGUAUUUAUUGGAAGAUGUGUCUGCUAGCUAAGCAAAUGCUAUAAAAAUACUAUGGAGGAAAGGCACACUGUUCACAAUGGCAUGGCAAGGCAAGCUAGACAUCUCACCUGUGAGAAUUCAGAACUUCCAUUAUAUAGUUUAUGAUUCUGUAAAUGAUGACACUUAAGGCAUAAGGUGACCUUACUAUCUGGUCAUCAGACAUUUUACAUCUUUGAAAUAUUUUGAGUUGGAAACAAGACUUGGAGGAAAAAUACAAAACUUAGGGUGUUUAAUGCCUGUUUUGCUUGGCGCUACACUGGAAUCAUACCUGCUAGUGUUUUGUAUUGGGUCCAUUAAAUUUCAUUAAGGGUAUAUUGAAUAUAUGUAAAAGAAUUUAUCCAAGAAAGUGCUAAUCCUGAACUCCUUUGGAAAAAAGGGAUUGUAUCUUAAUAGCAUGGUUCAGUAUGUUUUUUUUAAUGCUGACAUUACUUUUUAGUGCCCAAAAUAUCCAUCUUUAGCUCAGUGCAGCUAUUAAACACUUAUGUCCAGUACAAUCCUAUGCAUAUUUACUCCAGAAAUAAGUCCUGCUCAGUCGGAUGGUUCUUCCAAGUAAAUGUGCAUAGGUUGACUGCAGCCAAAGUUAUUUAUUCUGUUUAAUCUUAGUGGAAUAUAUUCACAUUUUCAGUCUAUGGACACUCAACAAAUAUUAAUUCCACUAGAUUUUGCAUGUCUGAUAGGAACUGUAAAGAGGCACUUAGUGCCAGUAUCUCUUGAAAAGAAAAGCUCUGACCACCUAUAUCAUAUUAAAAUUGUUUUUUGAGUAUUAUUUAAAGGUGAAUAUAGUAUGUGUGGUAAAUUAAAUACUGUUUACACAAAACUCCUUGUAUCUUAACAGAUAUUUGUGAUGUAAAAAAAGAAGAAAAGAAAGAAAAACGUUUUUAUAAGUCAUUUGAUGUCUGUAUUGUUGUCCACUGAUGACUGUUCCCUCAGGGGUGUUGUAACCAUUCCGGUGAUCUGUCAAAAGCAUAGGGAGGCAUUUCAAUCCUGUACAGUCUUGGGAAGAAGGUUUCGUGCCUUAAGAAUAGAACGUGCUAUUUAUUAUUUUAAUUUAUACAGUGAUUACCAUGGAGACACCUCUUGUAUGUACAUAUUUUGCAGUUGAUUGUUGUAAAUAUAUUGUUCUUGUAUAUAAAGAAAAUCCUGUUUCCGA